AUGAAGGCUACUGUUAUUGGUGCUGCUGGUGGUAUCGGCCAGCCUCUCUCGCUGCUGCUUAAGCAGUCGUCGCUCGUCACCGAGCUGUCGCUGUACGACAUGGUCAACACCCCGGGUGUCGCCAAGGACCUGUCGCACAUCAACACCCCCGCCCCCGUCGAGGGCUUCCUGCCCGAGGAUGACGGUCUGGCCAAGGCUCUCAAGGGCACUGACAUCAUCGUCAUCCCCGCUGGUAUGCCCCGCAAGCCCGGCAUGACCCGUGACGACCUCUUCAACGCGAACGCCUCGAUUGUGCACGGCAUCGCCGAGGCCAUCGCCAAGAACGCCCCCAAGGCCUUUGUCCUGGUCAUCUCCAACCCCGUGAACUCCACCGUGCCGAUCGUCGCCGAGGUGUUCAAGAAGGAGGGCGUCUACGACCCCAAGCGCCUCUUUGGUGUGACCACCCUCGACGUGGUCCGUGCCGCGACCUUUGUGUCGGAGGCCGCCGGCAAGAGCCUCGACUCGGGCAAGUACCACAUCCCCGUCGUCGGUGGUCACUCGGGUGUGACCAUUGUUCCCCUGCUCUCGCAGAGCAACCCCUCGUUCUCGGCUGACCAGAAGGACAUCGAGGCCAUCACCGAGCACAUCCAGUUUGGUGGUGACGAGGUCGUGAAGGCCAAGAACAACACUGGCUCGGCCACCCUCUCGAUGGCCUACGCCGGCGCCGAGUUCGCCCUCGCCGUCCUUGCUGCCGCCAACGGCCAGACCUCGGACGUCCCGGUGUACAGCUACGUCGACCUCACUGCCGACGCCUCGGGCGCCAAGGCCGUGACCGACGUGAUCGGCACCAGCACCCCCUUCUUCUCCGUGCCCCUCCAGCUCGGCAAGAACGGUGUGGAGAAGGUCCUGCCCCUCGGCAAGCUCUCCGAGUUCGAGUCGGCCGCCAUCAAGAAGGCCGUCGAGGCUCUGAACGACAACAUCGCCAAGGGUGUCUCGUUCAAGGCCAACAAGCUCUAA